GGAAUCGGCUAUGUAAAAGGAGACUUUUUUUUUUUUUUUUUUGGUGGCGGUGGAGGUUGGGUGCGUUGGAAAAAUGAAGGAUGCGGGACGCAGCUAUCUCUUGGAACCGAACGCAGUGGAUAAACUGAUUGUGCAAGAGAGAAGGAAGAAUGAAGGUUUUUCUUGUGAGACCUGGAUCUUAACACACAUGUGUAUAUGUGCACACAGGGAGCAUUGAAAAAUGAAAUAAACCAGUGUCAGACCCUCGGGGGUUGAUGUAUUCUGACAUAAAUAAAUAACCAUAAAAACAGCGACCCCUCCCCUCCCCAAAAGGAUGAUUGGAAAUGGAGAACCUUGGAUCCACAAAGAAAAGUAUGUGCUUUUUUUUUUUUUUUUUUCUAUAAAGGAGAAAGUAAGCCAAGGAGAUAUUUUUGGCAUGAAAAGUUUGGGGCUUUUUUAGGAAAGUAAAGACCUGAUAUGGUGGUGUUUUCUUUUUGAAUUUCCCACAAGAGGAGAGGGAAUUAAUAAUACAUCUGCAAAGAAAUUUCGGAGAAGAAAAGUUGACCGCGGCAGAAUGAGGCAUUGAUUGGGAGAGAGAAGCCAGCAGAGGACAGUUGGAUUUGUGCCUAUGUUGACUAAAAUUGACGGAUAAUUGCAGUUGGAUUUUUUCUUCAUCAACCUCCUUUCUCCCCCCCAACCCCCCCCCCUUUUUUUUUUCUUUUUGGUGUCAAGAUCAUGCGUUUUUCCACUUGUUCUUAACCACCUGGAUAUCCAUCUGGAUGUUGCUGUGAUCAGUCUGAAAUACAGAGGUCUUGGAAGUCACUCUGUUGGAACCAACAUCCUUGUGAAUUUUCUGCAGAUUAUUUGAACUCCAGAAGGACCAACACCAGAUAAAUUAUGAAUGUUGAACAAGAUGACCUUACAUCCACAGCAGAUAAUGAUAGGUCCUAGGUUUAACAGGGCCUUAUUUGACCCCCUGCUUGUGGUGCUGCUGGCUCUUCAACUUCUUGUGGUGGCUGGUCUGGUACGGGCUCAAACCUGCCCUUCCGUCUGCUCCUGCAGCAACCAGUUCAGCAAGGUGAUUUGUGUUCGGAAAAACCUACGUGACGUUCCAGAUGGCAUCUCCACCAACACCCGGCUGCUGAACCUCCAUGAGAACCAAAUCCAGAUCAUCAAAGUGAACAGCUUCAAACACUUGAGGCACCUGGAAAUCCUACAGUUGAGUAGGAAUCAUAUCAGAACAAUCGAAAUCGGGGCCUUCAAUGGUCUGGCAAACCUCAACACGCUGGAACUCUUUGACAAUCGUCUUACGACCAUCCCGAAUGGAGCUUUUGUAUAUUUGUCUAAACUGAAGGAGCUCUGGUUGCGAAACAACCCCAUCGAAAGCAUCCCCUCUUAUGCUUUUAACAGAAUCCCUUCUUUGCGCCGGCUAGACUUGGGGGAAUUGAAAAGGCUUUCAUACAUCUCAGAAGGUGCCUUUGAAGGUCUGUCUAACUUGAGGUAUUUGAACCUUGCCAUGUGCAACCUCCGGGAAAUCCCUAACCUCACGCCACUCAUAAAACUAGAUGAGCUGGAUCUUUCUGGGAAUCAUCUGUCUGCCAUCAGACCUGGCUCCUUCCAGGGGCUGAUGCAUCUUCAGAAACUGUGGAUGAUACAGUCCCAGAUUCAAGUGAUUGAACGGAAUGCCUUUGAUAACCUUCAGUCACUGGUGGAGAUCAACUUGGCACACAACAAUCUGACAUUGCUGCCUCAUGACCUCUUCACACCCUUGCAUCAUCUAGAGCGGAUACACUUACAUCACAACCCCUGGAACUGUAACUGUGACAUCCUGUGGCUCAGCUGGUGGAUAAAAGACAUGGCCCCCUCCAAUACGGCUUGUUGUGCCCGGUGUAACACCCCUCCCAACCUGAAAGGGAGGUACAUUGGGGAGCUUGACCAGAAUUAUUUCACAUGCUAUGCUCCUGUCAUUGUGGAACCCCCAGCAGACCUCAAUGUCACUGAAGGCAUGGCAGCUGAGCUGAAAUGUCGGGCCUCCACGUCCCUAACCUCCGUAUCUUGGAUUACUCCAAACGGAACAGUCAUGACACAUGGGGCGUACAAAGUGCGGAUAGCCGUGCUCAGCGAUGGCACGUUAAACUUCACGAAUGUAACCGUGCAAGAUACAGGCAUGUACACAUGUAUGGUGAGUAAUUCCGUGGGAAACACCACCGCUUCAGCCACCCUGAAUGUUACUGCAGCAACCACCACCCCGUUCUCUUACUUCUCAACCGUCACGGUAGAGACUAUGGAACCUUCUCAGGAUGAGGCACGGACCACAGAUAACAAUGUGGGUCCCACUCCAGUGAUCGACUGGGAGACCACUAAUGUGACCACCUCCCUCACGCCACAGAGCACAAGGUCAACAGAAAAGACAUUCACCAUCCCUGUGACUGAUAUCAACAGUGGGAUCCCAGGAAUUGAUGAGGUCAUGAAGACUACCAAAAUCAUCAUUGGCUGUUUCGUGGCCAUCACACUCAUGGCAGCAGUGAUGCUGGUCAUUUUCUACAAGAUGAGGAAGCAGCAUCAUCGGCAAAAUCAUCAUGCCCCAACGAGGACUGUUGAAAUCAUUAAUGUGGAUGAUGAGAUUACAGGAGACACACCCAUGGAAAGCCACCUGCCCAUGCCUGCGAUUGAGCAUGAGCACCUCAAUCACUAUAACUCUUACAAAUCUCCUUUCAACCACACAACAACAGUUAACACAAUAAAUUCAAUACACAGUUCAGUGCAUGAACCGUUAUUGAUCCGGAUGAACUCUAAAGACAAUGUCCAAGAGACUCAAAUCUAAAACACUGACAGUUACAGAAAACAAACAAUCAAAAAAAAAAAAAAAGACAGUUUAUUAAAAAUGACACAAAUGACUGGGCUAAAUCUACUGUUUCAAAAAAGUGUCUUUACAAAAAAAAACAAAAAAGAAAAGAUUUAUUUAUUAAAAAUUC